AUGAGGUUUACUUUCUGGGCCCAGGACUCUGGGUUGUUGUUUGGUUUUUACAAGGGAAUUUUGCCACCCAUCUUGGCUGAAACACCAAAAAGAGCAGUGAAGUUUUUCACUUUCGAGCAGUACAAGAAAUUGCUAGGAUAUGUGUCACUGUCACCAGCAUUGACAUUUGCCAUUGCCGGAUUGGGAUCUGGACUAACAGAAGCCAUCGUGGUUAACCCUUUUGAAGUAGUAAAAGUUGGCUUGCAAGCCAACCGGAACACAUUUGCAGAGCAACCAUCCACCAUGGCUUAUGCGAGACACAUCAUUAAGACGGAAGGCUUGGGUCUCCGGGGCCUCAACAAAGGAUUUACAGCAACUUUGGGACGCCAUGGGGUUUUCAACAUGGUUUAUUUUGGCUUCUACUACAAUGUCAAAAACAUUAUUCCUGUCAAUAAGGAUCCAGCCUUGGAGUUUUUGAGAAAAUUUGGGAUUGGUCUUCUGUCGGGGACAAUAGCCUCAGUCAUUAACAUCCCUUUUGAUGUUGCCAAAAGUAGGAUUCAAGGGCCUCAGCCAGUUCCUGGAGAGAUCAAGUACAGAACCUGUUUUAAAACAAUGGCAACAGUCUAUCAGGAAGAAGGGAUUUUAGCUUUGUACAAAGGCCUGCUUCCCAAGGUUAUGAGGCUUGGACCAGGUGGUGCAGUGAUGCUGCUGGUUUAUGAAUACACCUAUUCAUGGCUUCAGGAGAACUGGUGAUAGUUGAGAACGUGUUUCCCCUCCAGAUAAUGGAUAUUUACUAUUCAGCAUCAAGAAGAGGAGAAACUAUUGAUCAGCUAUGCUAGGCAUACAUUCAAUGAUGAAGGGGAAAACAAGAACAAAGCCUAUUUUGAUACUUUAGAAAUUAUCUUUAGGCAACUUGACAUGGUAGUUUUGGUCAUAUAUAUAAAACAUGAAAAGAAAAAUAAUAUGAAGCAAUAAAGUAUGUAAAUUGAAUAUAAAUAUAGCAUAGAAAUCAGAUAUAUUUCAUAAAAGCAAUAUAAACUUUGUCACCUAUGUUCCUCUCACAUUUCUUCACAAUAAAAACUCUUGGUAUUGAUAAUUAUUUUUUCUAAGUGGUCUAGAAACACUCAAAGUAAAUUCUUGAAAAUAAAUUAUUCUGUGACCAGGUCUUUAAGAAUUAUGCAAAGAAAGACUGGGUUGAAAAAAAUAUGUUAAGCCGAAAUUUAGACAGUUUUUGUAAGGAAUUAAAUUCUUCCAUAAAUAAUAUUUAAAGUCAGAAGGAAAAUCUGAAAUGGCCUUUUAAGAAUGUUUAAUUUUGUGAGUACUUUGUUAAAAUGUAAAUCUGUUGGGUUUCUUUACUAACAAUACACAUCUCAGCUACAUUUUCCUAAAUCUACUUUAUAUUUCACACUGUUGUUUAAAGCAGGUAUUUUUAAGUCAUGCUAUUCAAAGUAUUUUAUUACAAAUAGAAAUCAUGAAAUUAUAUUAAACUACUUUACUUCACAUAGUUCUCUUUAAAGACGUUUUGUUGCUGAAAUAUUUUUAUGUUAAGUCACAGAUUGGAAGCACACCCAGGGCCCAUUUGUGCUGUUUGUGUUUGCAUCCAAAUAAGCUCUCCUAUCUAUGCCAUUCUUAAGAAUGUGUAGAGUAAAACCACAUUUCCUAGUUACUAGUUUUAAGUGACAGCUUCAGGUGUGAAGUCUGAUGAUGAAGGAAAAACUGUUUCAAACUGGAAAUACAUUCUUAGCAUUUCCAAGGAUUCCUGUAUUAACAUGCACUCCAAAAAAUAUACCCUUGGUUUUGAUAUAACCAAACUUGAUUUUAUAUCUGCAUCCCGAAAUGAUGCGACUUCAGUAGCUAAAGUUAACAAAAAUGUCUGCACGUUGUAGAUGACACCUGUUCUUAACUACUACUAUGGGUUACUUCUACUAUGGUGCUAUUUCAAUGAAGCGUUUGGAAAAUAAAAAGUGAAAGAUAA